AUGAGUCGUCUAUAUUCUAUUUCAGAUAUAAAAUUAAUUAAACCAGCAACGCUCUACAAAUGGAUUACCACUUGUCAUUCGCCUAAUGGUACUUUCCAAGUAAUAGAUGUGCGAGACUCAGACUAUGUUGGAGGCCACAUCCGCGGGUCGUGGAACUACCCUGCUUCAGAUCUCAAUGGCUCUAAAAUCUUGGAGUUGCAGCAACGCAUAUACGACGCUAAAAUCAAAGAUGUGGUGUUUCAUUGUAUGCUUUCUCAAGCAAGGGGUCCAAAAUCAGCCUUAAAGUUCCUUCGAUCAUUGGAUGAUAUCGUAGAUCCGGAGAUGCAACGAUAUUUUCAACAGGAUGACGUGCGUGUCUACAUUUUGAAAGGUGGAUUUACAGAAUGGGCUGGAGAGUAUGGCCCAAAUAGUGAGGUGACUGAAGAUUUUGCAGAGGAUAUUUGGGGAUUUGGUUCUUGA